GCUUCCAUUCAAAGCAAGAUCUGUUUGACAAAGAGGAUGCCCUUCUUCGGCACCUGAAGCACUUGAUUGCAGAAUGUGUUGCUGCCGCUGCUGCGGCAGAUGCCCAGGAGUUUCAGGCCCCAGGAGGGGCAGCACCCCACCUCCCAAGCGGGCAAGAGGAAGUGCUGCAGCUUGACAGCAAUCCAGACGGCUGGGUGAACGUCUCCCGGAAAGGGCAUCUGAACUACCUACACAACCACGCUGACGCUUCGGUGGCCACGGUCUACUACGCAAGGGUGCAGGCAGAUUCCGGGGGCUCCCUCCUUCUCCGACUCUCUCCCGGCUAUGGCCCUGGGAUGAUGGAGCCCGAUGAAGAGCGACAUGUGCCCUGGAUGUGGAGCUCCGACGGGCAGCCGAUCUCCCGGUCUCCGGUGCAGUACGCGGAGAUCCGACCGAGCCCGGGCACUCUGGUGAUUUUCCCUGGAUGGCUCUCCCACAGCGUGUCCCCCACCACCUGCGCCGAAGCACGGAUUUCCUUUGCCUCGAAUUGGGACUUGCCUACAGCCUUCCGCUUCGGCCCCGAGCCGGACACCGUUUGCUUGAACAUCGUUGUCAGCACAUUUGCGCGUCGCGGCCGCUGGGCGGAUGAGGACGAGGAUGGCCAGGACAUGCGACGAAAUGACGAGGCUGUUGAAUCUGUGGUCAAUGCCACUCGCGCAAAUAUUGAUCGUCGCAUUUCAGAGAUUCAGAAGCUGACAGAUGGAACGCCAGGAGGAACCAAUAUACUGGUAAUGCUUCACAAGGGACACGAAGUCGUCACCUACGGGUUGCCGAUAUACGGAUUUUGCGGUGCGAUUGUGCCAUCUGAUGGACAAAUCGCCACCGUAGUUCGUGAGCGGUCUGCAUCUGUUGAAGAGGGUGGCUGGGGAAUCCCUGUCGAGCUUAUGAAGGCCAGGAUAUCAGCAGACCUGGCGGCAGCUCGGCGUUUGCCAAGGGCGACUUGGCCAUCGGUGCAGGCUAAGUUCGGAAUUACAGGUGUACCCACCAACGUGGAUUACCUGCAGGUACCGACCCUAUCUGGACUCCGACCUUACACGGCCUUCCCUUCAUUCACGGUGGAGGCAAACCAAUUGAUUCCCGCAUUUGGUGUUCUCCUCAUGCCACUGCGCCUCUGCCCGGAGGCAUAUGCCAUCUGGGUCUCAAAGCAUUCGACCUUCGAGGUGGCUGAAUUGGGAGAACUGAGCAGGGCUGAUGCGUUGACGACAGUGACUGGAGCACGAGCCAAGAUUCACCCGAAUGCAAAACUUGUGGAGGUGCAGAACAGCAAGGCCAAACGUGCUGGCAUCGUGAAGCAGCAACUUGCCUCCAUGCAGCUCAUUGCACAUGGAGGUACGCUUGAUGAGAUGACGACUGCAGCACUUGCGCACCCCGCUCCGCCUGUUGAAGCGGCACUGGACGAAGUCGACAACAUGAUUGAGACGUCCAACGAGCACCUGGAUGACACGACCAAGGCGGACAGGAAACGUGAAGCUGCACGUGACGUGCUAUCAGGCAUGUUGUCACAGCAGUCCGCUACGGCCUCCGGUUCGCUGGCACCAGCUGCUGCAUUGGCCACCGGUGUCUCAACGCCGCAGAGCAUUGAGGUUCAGGGUCUGCUGACUGACCUCGGAGAACGCUUUUGGUGGUCGGGCAGCACGGGACCGCUUCGCACUCCAACGCUGCCUCAAGGCAAUGAGGAGCUCAUCCGGCAACAGCAGCUGAAACCGCGCGAUACCUCAUUCAAGAUCGUGCCCAUCUCCGCCGACAAUGACAAAGGGCAAAGUGCGUUGCUGCUGGCUAUGAAGGGGGCUCUGAAGCACAUCAAUGGCAUGAUGAGGGUGCCGGCAAAUGCAAAACGCGUUAAGCUAGGGGAUGCCGCCGCACUCCCGGGGUAUGUGAUCAAUGUGAAGACAAAGGCCAACGUCCCAACUGUCAUAGACAAGGUGCCACCGGAAUACGUGGUAUGCACGCAUCGCUUGGACGUCUUUGAUAGUGACGCAUGGGAGAAUGGCGGUGCGUCAGAGCACUUCCUUGCUGACAUGAGGGAGGCGAUCACAUCUUUGGGCAUGAAUGUGCAAGCGGUGGCUACAGCGAAGCGCGAAACGACGGCCUUACGUGAAGUGGGGCAGCAGCGCAAGAAGGCAUUGCGUGCUAGGAAUCGCGCUAAACAGAUUGGUGUGCCGGUCACCGAUGGUGAGUGA